AUGGGGGUUGGUGAUUUUUUCAUCCCUCAUGGAGGUAGCACCACCGACUCCUUCUCUCCUUCUCAACCAACCAUAUCCGAGUUGAGUGCCCAAAUGGCUCAACUCCUACAGAUGCAGACUUUGGCCCCGAAUCUAAUCCUGAAUCAGGAUCCUCUUUUAACGACCCCGACUAUGACGACGACGAUGACCUCGACUCUGACUCCGACUCCGACAACGACCUCGACCCCCACUUCGAUGAUGACUCCGACCCCGACCCCGACCUCGAAUUUGUCUUUGAUUCAGACCCCGAUCCCGACUUCGACUCCGACUCCGACCCCGACUCAGGCUCAGAUCCCGAUCCGAAUUCCUACAAAACCUGUAUCCUAUACAUCUUCCGCUGCACAGAUUAUGACUUCUCGACUAACGACCCCGACACAUGGACCAGAUUGCGAAUUUUGUGGUGAUCCAAGACACACUCGUGAGACUUGUUUUAAAUUGCAUGGCUAUCCCGAUUGGUGGGCUACUCUUAAAGAUCGAGGACAACGCAAUACGACCAGUAAUGGUACUGGUUAUGGAUUCCAUAUUUCUGCUAAGAUUGAUUCCAAGAGUUGGAUAAUUGAUUCCGGUGCAACUGAUCAUAUGACGUUUGAUCCUGAUGAUUUUCUGAAUACUACACAACCUCGACGAACCUGUAUUGCAAAUGCCAAUGGUGUUACUUAUCCUGUGACAGGAGCUGGCACUGUUGCACUCUCAUCCUCUCUCACACUGUCUAAUACUUUACUUGUUCCAUCUUUAUCCACUAAAUUGUUGUCCGUUAGUCAGCUUACUGAACAAUUGAAUUGUUGUGUACUCAUUUACCCGAGUUUUUGUUUGCUUCAGGAUAUUCACACUAAGGAGAUUCUUGGUCGUGGUACUAAGAGAGGGGGGCUAUAUUAUGUCGAUGACUUCAGUCCUGGCAUGGCUAACAAUGUGACGCAUCCCUUUGAUAGCAAACAAAAGCAUAUCUGGUUGUGGCACCGUCGAUUGGGACAUCCGUCUUUUAGUUAUAUGAAGCAUCUUAUACUAGAUUUAUUCUCAGGUUUCAAGGACUCCGACUCCACAUGUGAUACUUGUAUUUUGGCCAAGAGUCACCGUGUGCCCUACCCGUUGAGUACGAACAAGUGUACUACUCCAUUUACGUUAAUUCACUCUGAUGUCUGGGGACCUUCACCUAUCACUGCUCCUUCUGGUGUUCGAUGGUUUGUCACAUUCAUAGAUGAUUGUACACGGAUGACAUGGCUUUAUUUCCUGAAGAAUAAAAAUGAAGUGUUUUCCCGGUUUCAGUCCUUCCACAAACAGAUGAAAACUCAGUUUAAUGCUCAAAUCCAGAUUCUUCGCUCUGACAAUGGUGGAGAAUUUGUCAAUCAUGACUUUCAGACUUACUUCCAACAACAUGGAAUUAUCCAUGAGACGACUUGGCCUCAGACACCGCAACAAAAUGGUGUUGCUGAACGAAAGAACCGACAUCUUCUUGAAACCGCUCGAGCACUUCUAAUUGGAGCUCAUGUUCCUCGCCAUCACUGGGAUGAUGCUAUUGUCACUGCAGUUCACCUAAUCAACCGCAUGCCUUCUGGUGUAUUGACCUUUAAAACUCCCUUACAGGUGCUUGCGCAACACAAACCUCUGCCCUCUGUUUUGAAAGGCUACCGUUGUUAUCACCCUCCUACCCGACGUACCUAUGUCACUUUGGAUGUGACCUUUCUAGAAUCUGAGCUGUUCUUCCAUGACCCAUCAUCCAAUUCUACGCUUCAGGGGGAGAUACGAAGUGAAGAGCAGAAUUUGAGCAACUUGGAAAACGAAAAAAUUCUCCUAUGUACAGAAAUGAUUGAUCAUCCUGAGUCUAGAGCACAAGAUUACUCUAUGCCGAAAAGUGACCAAUCGCCCAUUCAUAGCGAUCAAUUACCUGACCCACCUGAUCCAUACGAAGAUAUUUCUGAUCCGAGUCUCACACCUACAGACAAUACAGAACAACAAGAUGAAGACCCCCCCUCUAACUCAACAGUACCAACAGACCAAUCUCCUGAGAAUAUCCUUGAGGUAACUACUCCUACUAGACUUGUGCAUUUAGAGGAUAAAACUAUUGGAUAUCAAUUACCUUUCAGGCAAAAUCUUGGGAAGCCACCAAACCGCUAUUCACCUGAUAUUGGCAAAACAUCCAAGUAUCCAAUUGCAAAUCAUGUAUCCACUGAGAAGCUGUCUGAACCACUCAAGGCUUUUGUGCAUCAGUUGUCUGCUAUCCAUAUUCCAACCAAGGUAUCUGAAGCAUUGAAAGAUCCUAAGUGGGUCCAAGCUAUAAAAGAGGAGAUGAAAGCUCUUGAGAAAAAUCAGACUUGGACAUUGGAGACUAUACCACGAGGAAAAAAGACUAUCGGAUGUAGAUGGGUGUUUACUAUAAAACACAAUGCAGAUGGAUCUAUCGAGCGAUACAAGGCAAGACUUGUGGCAAAAGGGUACACACAGACCUAUGGUAUAGACUAUGAAGAAACCUUUGCUCCAGUUGCAAAGUUAAACACUGUCAGAGUCUUAUUGUCCCUUGCAGCUAAUUUGGAUUGGCCACUACACCAAUUUGAUGUAAAGAAUGCUUUUCUACAUGGCGAACUCACGGAGGAGGUGUACAUGGACAUUCCUCCUGGUUAUAAUACUACUCAGACUGGAACAGUUUGCAGGUUACGAAAAGCAUUAUAUGGGUUGAAACAGUCACCACGUGCAUGGUUUGGACGGUUCACCAUGGCAAUGAAGAACAAUGGUUUCAAACAGUGCAACUCCGAUCAUACUCUGUUCUUGAAACAUCGGAAAGGGAAGGUAACAGCAUUAAUAAUUUAUGUUGAUGAUAUGAUUAUUACUGGGAAUGAUAAACAGGAAAUAUCACAGCUACAAGACUAUCUGGCUACAGAGUUUGAAAUGAAGGAUCUAGGUGGACUCAAGUAUUUCUUGGGAAUUGAGGUGGCUCGAUCGCAGCAAGGCAUAUUUCUCUCUCAAAGGAAAUAUGUCUUGGACUUGUUGACAGACACAGGAAUGCUAGAUUGCAAACCUGCGGACACUCCUAUUGUUCAGAAUCAUCAUCUUGGAGAAUAUCCGGAUCAAGUUCCAACUAACAAAGAAAGAUACCAAAGGUUAGUGGGAAGAUUGAUCUAUUUGUCACAUACUCGACCAGACAUUGCUUAUGCAGUGAGCGUUGUCAGUCAAUUUAUGCACUCUCCAAGUGAAGACCACAUGAAUGCAAUUCUUCGGAUACUUAGAUAUUUGAAGUCUGCACCUGGAAAAGGACUUAUGUUCUCAAAGCAUGGUCAUCUAAAUAUUGAUGGUUAUUCAGAUGCAGAUUGGGCAGGUAAUGUAACAGAUAGAAAAUCCACAUCGGGUUACUUCACAUUCGUGGGAGGUAAUUUGGUGACAUGGAGAAGCAAGAAACAGAAUGUAGUAGCUUUAUCCAGUGCAAAAGCCGAGUUCAGAGGCAUGACUAAAGGGAUUUGUGAACUUCUUUGGUUAAGAAAGUUGCUUACUGAACUUGGGUAUAAACCUACAUCUACAAUGAAUCUCUUUUGUGACAACAAGGCUGCUAUAGCCAUUGCACAGAAUCCGGUUCAGCAUGAUCGUACUAAACAUGUUGAGGUGGAUCGACACUUCAUCAAACAGAAGCUUGAGGCUAAAGUGUUUCAGUUUCCUUUUGUGAAAUCCGAGGAUCAAUUGGCGGAUAUUUUGACAAAGGCGAUUUCCAGUAAAGCAUUCCACAAUUCACUGGAUCAGUUGGGCAUUGGCGACAUCUAUGCACCAACGUGA